AUAUGAUCUUUCUUCAGGGAUCAGAGGUCAUAUUUAAAGUGGCUUUAAGUCUGUUGGGAAGCCAUAAACCCUUGAUUCUACAACAUGAAAACCUAGAAACCAUAGUUGACUUUAUAAAAAACACACUACCCAACUUGGGCCUGGUACAAAUGGAAAAGACCAUCAAUCAGGUAUUUGAGAUGGACAUUGCUAAACAAUUACAAGCGUAUGAAGUUGAGUACCAUGUGCUUCAAGAAGAACUUAUCGAUUCCUCUCCUCUCAAUGAAGUUGAGUACCAUGUGCUUCAAGAAGAACUUAUCGAUUCCUCUCCUCUCAGUGACAACCAAAGAAUGGAUAAAUUAGAGAAAACCAACAGCAGCUUACGUAAACAGAACCUUGACCUCCUUGAACAAUUGCAG